ACAAAGAGGAGUGUCAGGCAGCAUAAAUUUCAGCAUACAAAAUUCCACACACAAGCAGCGCGUCCAGAAACUUUUCGGCAACUUUUCCGCAGGAAAAUCGAGUGUAAAUACGCUGAAAUAAAAGCAAGCGGAUGAAAAAGUCAAAGUUCCUAGCUCCUAGAACUAAUCAAAAAUUGCUGUAAAUUAAUUUGUUAGCGUUAAAUUAUUGAAAAUUGAAUAAAACAGAAGAAUAGACGGAGACGAGACGGAAAGAGAAGCGCCACUGAAACGUUUGAUAGAAAACGUAAAUAAAAGAGUCUCAGUGCGUGAAAGAGAGCACACCGCUGGCAAAACGUGCGAGCAAGUGAGGAGACAGACAGACAGUCACAGAACGUGCGGAUAACCCAGAGAAGAGGCAAAAGCUAGAGAGAAGACAACAACAGCUCCGGAGAACAGCCUGUGUGUGGGAGGAAGUGAGCAGACAGGCCGCCCCCACUGGAAGAGCUCAAGAGGAGCAUAAAAUCGCAAGCAGAGAAGACAUCAUCAUCGCCAGAGCGAGAGAGAGAACGAGAGAGAGAGAUUCCGAGAGACAACCACCCGCUGGCUCCACAGACGAGACCCCACGAGACACGGCACAGCGUGGAGAACGUGUCGAGCAACAAAUUAAUAAUAAAAUAAAGAAAAACACACACAAAUUGAAGACAACAACAAGGAGGAGGAGGAAGAGCAGCAUCCGAAGCAGAGAUAGAAGCAGCAGCGGAAGCAGCAGCAGCAGCAACGUUGCCAGAGGAACCCACGGAAGAUGGGCUGCGGGCAGAGCAAGAUACACUUAUAUCCCAGGAAGUCGAAGAGUAAAGCAAAUGGCAAGAAAGGAGGACAUGCCGAUUCAGAUGCCGAAACGGAUGAGGAUGAAGGCCACAUCGAGGAUGCCGAGAAGGCACAGCAGCGCGACCGCGAGAAGCAUGACGAGAGCGAGGAGCUAAGCAAUAAGGAUAGCCAGGACUCGGACGAGGAUGUAGCCGUCUCACUGCUGCGCGCCAAGAAUCUAUCGUUGCUGCAAAGCCAAGAAAUAUCCUCAAGCCAACAUAACUUUUUCCGCAUGCUGGACAGGAAGAUCGAUGAGGGUCCCGAUUACGACUCGGCCAGCGAGACGGAAGUGGCCUUGGAGGAGGCACGUCUGAAUGCCCUGCGCCAGCAUUGGGAGUCCGCCAGCCUCACCGCUUCCAUUUGCUCCUCCGCCAGCCGCUCGCUGCAGACCACGCCCAUUCGACAAGUGCAGGUGCCGCUGAAGCAGCCACCGCGAAGCGCAGGGCUACUACUCCAGCCCUCAGCGGCGUGUGGCACGAUGGCCGCGACGGAGUAUCUACCUCAGCAUGUGUUGGCGGGGCGACAACAGCAGCAGCAGCAGCUGCAGCAACAGCAACAGGCAGCCGUUCUCUACCAGCAACAACAACAGCAGCAGCAGCAGCAACAACAGCAGCAGCUCAUCCUCAUGCCCCAGAUGGAUGCUAAUGUUGGCAUCCAUACGUCCACUGCGGCAGCCGCAGCUCAGCUAGCCCAGCUCCAGCAGCAACAGCAGCUCCAGCAGCAGCAGCUCCAGCAACAACAGAUCCAUCAGCAGCAGCUGCAACAGCAGCAACAGCAGCAGCAAAUGUACCAGCAACAGCAGCAGCAGUAUAUGCUGUCCCUUCCCGCAGGAUCCAUGCCGCAGAGCGUCAGUCCCAAGCGACUGAUGUAUGGAGCGGCGCCCUCGCCGCCCAUCAGCUCCUGCCCCGUAUCCGCAGCUCCUCCUUCCGUACAGUAUAUCUCAGCCGGCUCCCAGCUCAUGCAGCAGCCGGGUGGAACGGGUUUCCUUAAUGGCGCCGGCGCCAGCGGGCUGGGAGUGGGACGAGCGCCCUUGCAGCUGGCCUACUACGGCGCACCGGGCGCCAACCCACAGGGAGCGGCGUCUUCGGCUCCCCUGAAUGCCCCCGAAACAUACGAAACUCAAACCGCUCCACACAGCCAAAGUCAACAACAGCAGCAGCCACCGCCACCGCCGCCGGGUGGCUACUAUGGCGAGCUCAUGCACGGAGUGCAGCAGACAGCACCCGCGGCGGAAUACAAGUUUCCGGCGGCCAUUAGCGUACAGAGAUUGGCGCCGCAAGUGCAGCGGCAGCUGCGCGAGACGCAGGAACUCAUAAAAGACUCGUGCCCGCAGCUGUAUGCAGCGGGCUAUGGCAGCCCAGGACCACCGAUACGCAAUCCCAGCAGAAAUCCAACUAGAACUAGACCCACCCUGGAGACCCAGUUCUCGCAGGAACUAUCGUGAUAUCUAUAUAUGUAACAAACAGCAAGCAAACGCAAGUGCAACCGUAGCAAAGGAUAAUGCCACACUCUGAGCAGAAGAGAACAGAAUCAGUGUUAGAUAAACCGCAGCCAAAGAACAGAAAGAACUAAUUAACCAAAACUAUAAAAUACUAAAUGAAAAAAAAACAAAAAAUGCGAAAAGCCAAAAAAAAAUCGAAGAAAAUCAAUUAAGAAAUUGUAAAACUGCACUCGAUGUUUCAGACCCCCCCUUCCCGAACUGGGUAGAUUGUGCCCCCCUCCUCAUACGACAAACCUAUACGCGUAUUAAUUACUAAAAUCACAGUUGCCACAAUUAGUCCCCCGAGCCACCAAAACUACUGGCUGGUCCUCUUUUUGAUCGCCGGCCCACUUUUCCACCAACAAGGUCCCUUUUUUUCUUCUAUUCAUAGUUUUUAAUUCGAUAUUAUUAUAUAAAGAUUUUGUACAAUGUCAAAAGCUAUUAUUAAACCUUCGUUUUGUAGAUAUUAA